AUGUUGAAGAGUAAUUAUACCAGGCCAACCGAGUUCCUGUUUGUUGGAUUCACAGAUUCUGUCCCCCUCAGACUCACACUAUUCUUGGUGUUUUUCAUAGUGUAUGCCUUAACUCUGGUGGGCAACGUGGGUUUAAUAGUCCUAGCUAAUAUCCAUUCAAGCCUGCAAACCCCCAUGUAUUACUUUCUUAGCAACCUCUCUUUCUUAGACAUCAGCUAUUCUACAGCAAUUGCUCCAAAAAUGCUGGUGAACUUCUUAGCUUCCAGGAAGAUCAUCUCUUUCUAUGGCUGUGCCCUGCAGAUGUUUUUCUUUGCUUGUUUUGCGGAUGCGGAGUGCCUGGUCUUGGCAGCCAUGGCCUAUGACCGCUACACAGCCAUCUGCAACCCAUUGCUCUAUCCUACACUGAUGUCUCGGAGACUCUGCAUCAGCCUUAUCGUGUUGGCUUACUUCAGUGGAGGUAUGACUUCGCUGGUGCAUGUGUCCCUCACAUUUAGGCUGCCGUUCUGUGGCUCCAAUGUGGUCAACCAUUUUUUCUGUGACAUUCCACCUCUCCUGGCUUUGUCAUGUGCAGAUACCCACAUCAAUGAGCUUCUGCUCUUUAUCUUGUGUGGCAGCAUCCAGGCCAGCACUUUUAUGGUAAUAUUUGUCUCUUACUUCUGCAUCCUCAUAACCGUUCUGAGCAUCAAGUCCUCGGGAGGCAGAAGCAAAACCUUCUCCACCUGUGCUUCCCAUCUCCUAGCGGUCACCUUAUUCUAUGGGACACUCCUAUUCAUGUACCUACGUCCCACCACUAGCUAUUCCCCAGAAACUGACAAGGUAGUUGCAGUGUUUUAUACUGUGGUCUUUCCCAUGUUUAACCCAAUAAUCUAUAGUUUCAGAAAUAAGGAUGUCAAAAACGCCCUCAAAAAUCUGUGUGGAAAAAAGUGUAUUUUCAAAUGA